AUGAGUAGAACAUAACAACAAUAACAAAAGAAUAACCAAAAAACACAUACAGAUAUAGGAGGCCUUCAUUCUCCUUUCUCCUAGCUUAAUAUGCCAUCUACUGCUCAUUCUUGCGAGAACCCGUUCCGCUUCAUAACAAGAAACACAUAGGAAUUAACAGAUAAAGGAGAAUUUCAAGAGAACAAGAUGAAUCCAGCAUCUAGUAAUGAUGAUGAUGAUAUUACAACCCAGCGCAAAUUACUUCUUCAAAAACUGAAAAAAAUCGAAAGUAGAAAACAACAGAAUAAUUUUAACUAUAAACGUGAUAACAAUAGCUGGUCAAAUGAAUUAAAUAUAUGUUCUAGCUACAAAUAAGGACAGCUACCUAUGAAUUAAAAAGAAUAUUGCUUCACAUUUAAUGAUGAGAUGUCUUCGCAGAAGACGCUUACUGAGUAGAGUAUAGGAGGAUAACUAUAGUAGCAGCAAACUUAGCAAAAAAAUUCUUACAUUUUAUCAAGUCCUAAUUAAGAUGAUUAAAAUGUAUCAGCUAUUAAAACACUAAAAGGAGAGAUUCAUUCAGUUAAGAAUUAAUUAGAAAACUCAUAAUUUGCAAACAUAUAACUGAAGAAUGAAUUAAAAACAAAGAUUCAGUAAAUUGAGGAUUUGUAAAAGGAAUACCAAAAAUUCAACAGUUAACAAUAGUAACAUGAGAUCUAAAUGUUUAAAGGUGGCCGAAAUAAUACGUCAAGAUCAAUAGAAUCUGUGAGGAACACUUAGAUUUAAAGCACAAUAAUGGAAUAUAAAAAAUUCAUAGAUUAAUUAAUUUCUGAAAUUCAUUUAAAAGACAAUUAGAUAAAUCUUCUCAAGCGUGAAUUAAGCAAUUAUUGUAACAUCAUCAAUAUGUAAAAAGAUGAAAUUGCAUAGCUACAUAAUAUUAUAGCAAAGAAUAACAUUUAAAUCAAUAAUCCUAAUUAUUUAACUUCUGCUGAUUUUAAAAAUAAUAAAGAAUGCUAAUAAAUAGGAUUUCUAUAAAACCAUUAAAAGAAUAUACAAACUGAGCCUGAUUACAGAAACGAAGACUUUAACAAUUUUGAUGAGAGAGAUUAUAUUCAUCAUAUGUAAAAGCUUAAAAAAAAAAUUGAAGUUCUCUAAGAAAAUAAUCUAAACAAAGUAGAUUAUGAAAGCUAGGAAAAUGAUGGCUUUAAAACAAAAAAAAAUAAAGACAAAGUUCAAAUUUAGUUUUAGCAAUAAUCCUAAAUAAAAUCAAAAUAAAAUUAGCAGCCUUUUGGAGCAUUUGAAUCAAUUCCAACAUCACUAUCUUAAAACACAAAAGAAUUUUUAGAUAAAAAAGAGAACAAUUUUGAAAGAAAAAAUUCAAAUUGCUCACCUAUUUAAAAUCAAAAGAUUACUCAAUAUCAAUUGAAUCAAAUAAAAAUUGAUCCUGCGUUAAAUAACUGUCAAGAAACAACUUAAAUUUGUUAAUUUUCUCUUUUGGAUAGUGAUUUAUUUAACAAUCCAUAGAAAAAUAAAGAUUUUGGAGUGAUAAAUUUAAUAGAAAUGGAAUCAUUUAAUAUUUCCCCUAUUAAAAACAAAUCCUACAAGCAAGAUAAAAGUACAAUAUGUGAUAAAUCGUGCUUACAAGCUAUCUUAACUAUAGAAGAACUUUCACAAAGGGCAUUAAAAGUUAAUAGUAUAACUCCUGCUGUCCUAUACAAUAGCGCAGAAAAAAUACUAGAGGCUGAAAACAAUUUAGAGGAUUUAGAACUUAAAUAAUAUAAUUUUUAGAAUAAAAUUAAAAAGGUAUUAGAAAUAAAUACUUUUUAGAAUUAGACGGCAUUAGAAACAUGUAAAAGUCAUUAAGCUCAGCAAUAACAGGAGGAUAUCUCUCCUAAUUUUUAUGAUUUUAUUUAAGAAAUUAAAUAAAAUGAAGCUAUCAAAAAUUCUCCUUAAUAUAGUAGCAAAAAAAAUUCAAUUUAAUAGGAAAAAUAAUUUUUAAGCAAUUAAAAUAACGAAGAAAUUAUUACAAACAAAGUUAAAAAUGGGUAAGAAAAUGAUGUUGAAAGCUAAAUUCCUAAGCAUAAUAAAAAAUUAAAAGAAUAAGAACUGAGAAGCUCAUUCGACAAUUUCCAAAAAUAAAAUAAUCAUAGCAUACCAAAUUCAAAUAUGUUUGAAUCUAAAUUCUAAGAAUCUCAAAGAGUUAAUUCCUUAGGUUCUCAUCGUUAACCUAAAUACUUAAACUUAGAAACAAUAAAGCAAUAUAAUUAAGAAUAAUUAGAUUAAUAGAAUUACUAAGAAUAGCACUGCUAAAUUUAGAGUAAUAAAACUAAAAGUGAAGUCGCUUUAAAUUCUUUGAAAAUAGAAAACCAAUCUCGUAAGAAUAAGUAAAAGAAUAACAGUGGUUAAAUAACCCAGAAAGUACCUCACACCACUAAGGAAUCAUCAAUGAAAUUUUUGUUUGACUAAUCAGAUUGUUCCAUGUAAUUUAGAGAGGAAAUAAAUCAUUUUAAUAGAAUUAUAGAUGGUAAAAGAAGGUCUAGCUUAAAUAUUGACUAAAUAAACUCAAUUCAAUCAGAAACUGAACAUUAAAACUUAAAAUAACUUUUGAAACAGUAAACGGAUAAAAGUUCAAAUUCAAAAAAAUAUAUCAAUGAGAAUUUAAUUUCACCAUAAAAAAAUUAACAAUCCUGCAAUUUAAAUGAAUAAAAAUAAUUUUUGCAAUAAAAUAAAGUUCAUACUGCUAAUUCGAAAUAAAACUUUAGCUCAUAGAAGGAAUUUUCUGAUCCUUUUAACUGUGCUGAAAAUUUAAGAUUCUAUGAAAACAAUUAUCAACCUGCAAUGAACCAUUUCUAAGAUUAAUAGCAUAGAGCUGGUAUUAUUGUUUCAAACUCUUAAAACUUAAAUUCUUUCGUACAAAGGAGUAAUAGAGUUAAUUCCAUAACACAUUGUGAAAACAAAUAUUUUGUUGGAAGCAUUGUAAAUUCUAGUUAGAAGACAAAUAUUCCUCAUAUUAAUGGUUGUGGUUAGGGAAAUAAACUUAAAACUGAUUCAUCUAAUUCUGAUUUUCACUCAAAUAACGAAAAUUCUAAUAAACUUUUUCACUCUUAAACUAAUAAUAUAUUUACCUCCUCCACUCCAAAAGGAAACUUAGAACAAGCUUCCUCUACCUCCAAAAAGAAAUUAGGUUGUAAUUUAGCAAAUGGAAAUAGCUAUCAUAUACAGCAUAAGCACCAUGAUAAGUACGACUUUUACUAUUCAAACAGUUCAAAUAAUAUAGUAGUACCAAAUACUUCUAGCAAUUUAACUGAUGAUCCUUUACUAAACCAAAAAAGCCAAACAAACAAUUUAAAUUAUUAAAAUAAUAAGAAAAACUCCUUGAGUAGUGCACAGCCAAACAAUUUGAGUUGCCAUAACAAUUUACACUUAAACUAGUCUAAUGGUGAUCAAACUUAUUAAAAUAAGAUACUUUCUAACAAACCAAAAAAAAUAACUGGAAUGAUUGUAAAUACAAUUACAAGCAGAGAAUAUGAAAGCAUUGGUACAUCUAGCACUUCUUCACAAUAAAUACGCAAAUAAAUAGCUUCGACUGUGAAUGAAGCAGUUAGAAAUUCAACUUAACAUCUACAAAUAAUUUAAAAUUCAAACAAUCCUUCAAAUUGUUAAUCUAAUCAACAACUUAUUUCUCAGUAAUUUUAAAUCUCAACAAAUAGAAAUUAAGAAAACUGCUCGAUAGAUUCUUGCUCAAACAGCAAGCAAUAUGAAAAAAAUAUUAAUUAUGAGCAAAAUGUAAUAUAAUAAAAUUAUCACGGUCUCUAAAAGAUAUUAAAUUAGCACAUUAACAAACAGUCUCAUGAUAACAAAACAAACAUACGCUGUCCUCCUUCAAAUUUAGAGAGAUUAAGAGAAGUUAAAAAUAGAGUAAAAGAGUUAAAUCUGAAUAAUGAUAUAACCCAAUAGCAUUCUUCACAAUAUUAACAAAAAGAAAAUCUCCCACCUACUCCAUCUACUUCAAGUUCUAAUUUUAUAAAUUGCUUGUUGUAAGCUAACAAUUAUAACGAAGUUUAAAGUACUUAGAAUAAAAAUUAAAAUUACAAAAAAAUUGAAAAUAAAAGCUUAGAAAAUCCCAAUAAUUUUUCAAGAAGAAGUUCACAAAGCAACUAAUUUUCGAGCAUAAACAGUAAAGGAAACGGAGGAAUAACAAGUGGAAGCUAGCUAAAAAGCGACUAAGAAUUAGUGAAUGAUAAAUAUUCACAAAUCCUCAAAGAGAAGUCUACUUAAAAAAACUUCUUAUAAUAAAAAAAUGAUGAUAAUAACUUUGGUUUUAAGAGAAAUUCUUCAUAUAAUAUUCACCAUUCUAAAAAUCAAAACUAAAGUUUGGAAUAAAACUCCAGAAAAUCUGAUUCUGUAAAGAGAUCUUAAAAGUCGUGA